GCGAGGGGCUCCGCAGAACUUCUUGCAGUUUGGCGGGGUCGUGCAUAGCAUCGAAAAACACUCUCAAGGAAAAGCCAGACCAGACAUUCUGUGCCCUCUGGCUUCUCUUUCCCUCUCAUUUAUUGGCACCUCUUUUGGUCAUUCUUCCAUUCUAUCUCAACGCGCUCUUUACCACUAGAGGCUCGUCGACAACAACUUUCCAUUCCGCCCACCUUCCAAGAAUACUCGAUCCAAACCGCCACCAUGGUGAUCCAACAGCCCUCCAACCAGAUUAAGCUCACCAACGUCUCGCUGGUGCGCCUAAAAAAAGGCAAGAAGCGCUUCGAAAUCGCGUGCUACAAGAACAAGGUCCUCGAAUGGCGCUCCGGAAUCGAAACAGACCUCGACAACGUGCUCCAGAUCCCCUCCGUCUUCCUCAACGUCUCCAAGGGCCAGACGGCGCCGUCGGCCGAGCUCGCCAAGGCCUUCGGUAAGGACAUGUCCGUCGACGACAUCAUCCUCGAAAUCCUGCGCAAGGGUGAGCUGCAAGUGGGCGAGAAGGAGCGCAACGCCCAGCUGGAGCGUGUGCACGCCGAGGUCGUCUCCAUCGUCGCCAGCAAGCUCGUCGACCCGCGCACCAAGCGCGUCUACACGCCGGGCAUGAUCGAGAAGGCGCUGGACAUGCUCAGCUCGAAGGCCCACCAGCAACAACCUCGGCAACAACAACAACAACCGCAUGCCCAACACCAUCAACAAAACAACAACAACAACAAAUCCAAAGCCGCCACUAGCAGCAGCAACAGUGCCACCGCCAGCGCUACCGGCACCCCAGCCACAGGCGAACCAGGCGAGAGCAAGCCGCGCACCGCAGCAACAACAACACAACCACCAUCCUCAUCAACGACAACAACCAGCACGACGCCAACCCCGACCUGGACGGGUGUCGUAACCAACAAGAGCGCCAAGUCGCAAGCGCUGGACGCGAUGCGGGCGCUGAUCGCGCACCAGCCGAUCCCCGUGGCGCGCGCGCGCAUGCGGCUGCGCAUCACCUGCGCGACCGGCGUGCUGAAGCAGGCGGUCAAGGCGCCGCAACGAAAACAGCAACAACAGCAGCAACAGGCAGGCGACAAGACCGCGGAGGGAGGAGGAGGAGGAGGAGAAGGAGACGGCGAAGGAGAGCAGAGGGCGGCGGCCGGGACGGUCAAGGACAAGAUCCUCAGCUUUGUGGAGCAGGUUGAGAGCCAGGAUGUGAUAGGUUCCGAGUGGGAAGUUGUCGGGUUCGUCGAGCCCGGCGCGUUCAAGGGGUUGUCCGACUUCAUCAGCACCGAGACGAAAGGGCAGGGCAGGGUGGAGGUUUUGGACAUGGCUGUAACUCAUGAGGAUUAGAUGAUUGCAUGCCCGGAGACUUUGUUCCGCUUGCGUCUUGAAGGUACUUGGUUAGACAGGUCUUGGGCGUUGUUGGCAUCGUAAAACUGGCGGCAUAACACGGUCACAUGGCAUGUAUCCAAUGGCAAGAGAUCAUUCCCUUUUUCAUAUCCGCGCCUGUAUUGUCAUGCUGUGAAU